AAGCGACGUUGAGCGGACGAAAAAGCGAUUUGCUUGAGCCGAUUGCCUGAGGUUUCCUUGACUGCAGACAAUGACAUUUCCAGACUUUCACUGUAACUGGCCGAAUUUCUCGUCUGCCACCAACACCAACAAUUCUAACCACCAUAUCGAAUCGCAAAAGUUUGCGCAGCCACACCUGGCGGUAAAUCUGACGUGCGAUUUCUGCGACGAUGGAGCCCGGCGAUGCAGAUCUGGCUGGCCAGAACGACUGGGACGACGCGUCAAUCGUCGACAACUGGGACAGGACUGUGAAUGAGUACAAGAAGUAUCACAGCCUGCACCUCGCGGGGGGCACUGUCGAGGACAUGAUCCAACGCGGUGAAGAAGACCAGAAAAAUUGGGAUGCCAAGCCUGAAACGGCCGGCGCCUGCGAGCCUGUCGAGGGCGACUGGGACGAGGGCGAUGUCGACUCUGAGGUGGCAGCCCAGCUCGAGGCCUCCUCGGCGUCCGUGAGCGUCGAAACACGCACGGAAAUCACCUUAGAUCCCGCCCAGGGCUCGACCGCAGAUGCGCAGAAGCAGGUCGAUGGGCCAAGAUCGGGUCCCGACGGAAGGCAGGCUUCUCAGACAGGCCAAGAUGGGGACGGCAGGCCCGCGGCGUUUGGGCCCGAGACCUUGCUUGGCUCCGUUCAAGGCGAGGGACUCAGGAGACUAUUGAUGUCGUGGUACUACGCAGGCUAUUACACGGGCUUGCACCAAGGCCAACAGCAGGGACUCAAUAGGUAAGAUGCUGUUGUGAAGGAAGCAAAAAUGGAAACACACAAGACUUAUCCUCCAAUGACAAAGAAACCUUGGGAGUGUCUCUGUGUGAGCACAGCAAAACACAACUCAACUAGGGUUCUUUACGAGCUAGCAACAACCCCCGCAGUGGAAACAACUUCAGCGUCGCUUUCGGCGAAUUGGCUGGGUCUGCGGCCAACCUACAGUAGGAAGUGUUUGCACGCUACUC